GUCCAAAGUCUGGUUUAGGGUUAGCAGAAUGUUUCGCACUCAUUCCGCUAGAGGCCCGAAUAACUCAUCGAAGCCAUGUAACUACAGCUACCGGAGGGUGGCAUUGUCGUCAAAUUCUUCAAGAGCCGUCGAGGUAGGCUACCGGUAUGUUUCUUGGAGUUUCCCGUUUUUAGUUAAAAUAAACUAGCUUACUUUACUUUUUUAAUUGUUUUGCCAUAUUCCAAUUGCAUCCUGUCUUUUUACAGUGAUUUGGACUUUUGAAUCUUCAGAGCAUCAACAGAGUAAAAAAAAAAUAAUAAUCGUGAAGGUUUUCUGUCUGCUACGUGGCUGGCACGUAAGUGCUUCCCAAGAUCCCUUGAUUAGGGAGGGGGUUAUGUAUGAAGACAGACCGCUAGGAGUUUUGGCUGUAACUAAUCUGCAAUAAUGUUUUCAUCGUAGUUUUUAGGCUAAACUAAAUGUGGGCCUACUCCUAGAAAGUUUCGAUCUAGUCAAGUCUAUUUGUGAAGUUGGACAUAAACUCAUUUGAGUCUUGUAGGAAAGCUCAGGCAUUGUAAAAGCGUGGAGCGGUCCGAAAAUGCCAAGUAAUGAGUUGAAGCAAAGGAAAAAGAACACUUCCCAGAAACAAAAUGCCGACUCGAGCGAUGGAGCGAAACAGAAUGGCGAAGCUGAGGCAAAGAAAAGCGAAGCAACCGAGCAGAAAUGUUUGGUACAGAAGAAAAGCUAUCUCUGUUUGCCUGAGUCGAGGACGCUUCUCUGUCUUCUAUCUGUCUCCGUCUGUGUUGCGCUGACGUGUGUGGUCCUGCAACAGAAUGAACGGUUUGCCGAGGUUGAGGAGAAGUACAAUCUUCUUUACGGGAGAACAGCAAGUUAUGCAGACCUUGAACAGAGAGUGGAGAGAGUAUCUGAAAAGCUCGACGUCUCCAAGAAUCGCCUGGAGGGGGCGCUCUCCUCCAUGUCCACAGCAACCAGGCUGGCGAGGGACGUCGCCUCUCUCCGCUCUGCUGUCGCGGCGAUGCAAGCAUCGGAUGAGGACGACAUCACCACUUCCUCCUCCUCAGGUGGCAUCCAGGAAAUCAAUGCCCGCUUCCUGAAUGUGACGGAGACAUGGCAGUCUGGCAUAGCCACCGUGACGACCGACUUGUCAACGCUGAGGGAGGAGUCACGCGCAUCGCACGUCCGCGCCACCGAGAGCGUCAACGACGCGGAGCAGCGCCUGCGCGCCCUGGCCGAGCGUCUGGAGGAGUUCGAGACCAGCACGCGGCGGAACGCGCGCGUCUUCGAGCGCACAGAGGCAGACGACGCGCGGCAGGUCCAGGGCCAGCUCGACUGGAACACGGCGCGUAUCGCCGAGCUGGACGAGAAGCUGGCCCGCCUGGCACGCGCCGACCGCGAGCAUGCCGAGCGUCUGGACGAGCAUGUGCCGCGGGCGCAGCAGUGCCAGGAGUACCUUCCGGCCGUGGAGGAGGCCGUGCGGACCAUCCUGCGGCUGGCCAAGGGCUUCACCGUCGUGGAGCGGCGCGUGGAGGAGCUGGGCCUGCAGGUGCUGGGGCUUGAGGACAGCAUGCUGAGAGGGCUCACCCAGACGCUGCACAUCCGGCAGGCAGUGGACGCGCUGAGGAGCGGCGGGGGCCAGGGGGGGCUGGAGGAGGAGCAGCACCUGGGCUCAUCGGCCGGGAGCGAGAUCGACGCCAUGCUGGAGACUCUCAGGGAGAUGGAGAUGGAGAUGGACAGCAAGAGCAUGGGAGCAAUAUUUGAGGUGGUGGAGAUGGUGAACAAGGGGGUGGGAGAGGAGGUGGUGAACAAGGCAGUUGGAGAGAAGGUGGAGGAGGAGGAGGUGGUGAACAAGGCAGCGGGAGAGGAGGUGGUGGAGGAGAGGAAAAAGGAGGAUGAAGGUGCUGUGACUGAAACAAUACCCCCAGAAGAACCUGAACCCAAACAGGAGCACAAUCAGGAAGAAGAAUGGCCAGUGCCUGCGGAGGAGAUGGUUGAGACUGUGGAGACACACAUCCAGGACACAGAGAAAGACAUUCCAGAGUCCCUGCCCAGUGAUUUCAAUGUGUGAUGUCAUCAUUGUGUGCCUGCCAAUUGUGUGUAGCUGCCUCAUCUUUAUAAAACUUCUGCUUAUGCUGCCAGUGGAAAAAAGUGUUACAUUUAAUAAGUAUGAAUGGAAUAUUUGCUCUGUUAUCUGUUGUUUUUCUGAACACAGUUUUAAUAUCUACUGUAUGUCUCUCAGUCAGUACUGAACAUUACCCUUACUGUAUCUGAAAAGUAUUCCUUGUAUAAAUGCUGUAAUAACUGCACUGUCUCAUCAUAUAGUCAUGUCUAUUGAAGGGAAAUUUUAUUUUCUAUAUAGAACUCAUCUGUCUUAAUCUCACAUAACAUUUCAGAAAUUAAUGUAUCAGUAUUGUUGUGGAUAUUCAUAAAUAGUCAUUUGUGUGGCUGUAAUUAUACACAAUGUCACAGAUUUCGUUUCUUUUUUAAUAAAAUAAAUGAAAAUGUUUUUUU